UCAGUACUGCGGCUCGUGCUGCCGCCCCACCUAUGAGAGCGGAGCAAGGAGGAGAAACUUCGCGCGUCAGUUAAGCUGUCAGUUGCUCUUGUGGUCAGUUAAAGAAAACAAGGUGGUGUCAGGAUAGAGAUGAGUGAUUUCGAAGGGUUCAGCAUCGAGAACAUGAUUAAUGUGAAACCGCUGAGAGGAGGUAAACCAGCUGACGUUUCACUGCACACUGAUAAACUUCAAAACCUCGAGCCUGAUACGGUUCCGUGCGCUUCAGGUGGACAAAUGCACGAGCCAAAGGUUGAACAGCUGAUCGGAAAACUCGGGAGGCUUAAACAGGGUAAAAGAGCCCUGGAAGAAGAAAUUGAGAAGACAAAGUCAGUCAGUGACUCACUGGAGAAGGAGCUGGAAAACUUACAAACUAAAGUCUUCCAACUGGAGGCAAUCCACAAAGAAAAGGAAGAGGUGUGCAAUAAGCUGCAGUUUCAGUGUGAAGAGUCUGAGCAGGACGCUGCCAGACAUUUACAACUGAAUAAGAAAAGUGAGGAGCUGCUGGAGCAGUAUAGAUAUGAAAUCCAGGAUGUCAAGCUUAAACACCGAAAACUGCGGAUGAGAUUUGAAAACCAGCUUCAUCAACUGAUAGACCAGCACAAGAAUCUGCACUAUGUCUUUACUCCAGAGAGACUCCCAGAUGAAUUAAAGAGUGUUGAGAAUACAAAGAGCCAGCUGUUGGCAGCUGAAAAGCUAAAGCUCACUCAGCUGCACAACCUCGAUGAGGAGCUGGAAAAGAUGAAGAACCAGAAGCAGGCUCAGGAAGCAGCUGCAGAGACUCAGGAGUAAAUUUGCUCUGAUUUAAAGAAUCAGAGGUAUAUGCUGUGAUUACACAUCUGUCUUGUCCAAGUUCCAAGUUCAACUUUAUCAGCCGGAAUCGUGCAAACUAAGUGAUUAUUUAUACCCCUGACAUCCAGCUGAGAUAUCUGACCACAGAAUUCUGGGUAUUUCUGAUGUUUUUUCUCAUAUCAUAUAAUAUAUUUGCUGUACGGAUAAAUUCUGGUUGAUCUCUUAGUGUUUUUCACAUAGAGACAUGCUAUAUACUGUCAUCUGUUUGAUACUAGGUUAUUUAUUGUGUUCAUAUAUUUAAAAACUAUAAAGCCUGUUUGAAUUGUUGUAACAUUGUUUUCAUCACUCUGAAAUCCUAAAAGUAGCACAACCCUUCCCUGCAGUUUACAUGCACACCUGCUGUGUACAUACAUACAUACAAAUACAUACAUACAUACAUAUGCACAGAGACACAGUCGCGUUCAAUUUUAAAAGAGAUUUAAUGCAAGAGUUUGUUGCAGUAUUUCAAACAAAAUGUAAUACUAUCUGAGGUUUAAAAAAGAACACAUUAAACCUGUGCAACAAUGA